UGCCCACUGGCACAUAUAAAUUUGCAUUCAUUCAGUGAACGUAAUCCAUACACUGAAAUUAGGGUUCGUAUUUACGGCAACAUAAACCCUCACUCGCAAAUUCUUCGUCUUCCCAACCUUUCAGAUUUGCAGACAUGGCGACUCAAAUGAGCAAGAAGAGAAAGUUCGUCGCUGACGGAGUUUUCUUCGCUGAGCUGAACGAGGUUCUGACCAGAGAGCUUGCCGAGGAUGGUUACUCUGGUGUUGAGGUUAGGGUUACACCUAUGCGCACUGAAAUCAUCAUUAGGGCCACUCGCACCCAAGCUGUUCUUGGUGAGAAGGGAAGGAGGAUUAGGGAGCUAACCUCUGUGGUGCAGAAGAGGUUCAAGUUUCCUGAGAACAGUGUUGAACUCUAUGCUGAGAAGGUUAACAACAGGGGUCUGUGUGCUAUUGCCCAAGCAGAAUCUCUACGUUACAAGCUCCUUGGAGGUCUUGCUGUCAGGAGGGCCUGCUAUGGUGUUUUGAGGUUCGUAAUGGAAAACGGUGCCAAGGGUUGUGAGGUCAUUGUUAGUGGGAAAUUGAGGGCACAGAGAGCCAAAUCCAUGAAGUUCAAGGAUGGCUACAUGAUUUCUUCUGGUCAGCCAGUUAAGGAUUACAUUGACUCUGCUGUUAGACACGUUCUUCUCAGACAGGGUGUGCUUGGUAUCAAAGUCAAGAUCAUGCUUGAUUGGGAUCCUAAAGGGAAGGUUGGUCCCAAAACUCCUCUCCCUGAUAUUGUUACUAUCCACCCACCGAAAGAGGAAGAAGAUUAUAUCCGGCCGCCUGCUGCAGUUCUGUCAAGUGAAAUUGAAGUUCCUGUUCCUGUUGCAUGAAAUGGUCUGCAGUAGUGGUUCAUAGUACCUGAAUUGUUAGUUUUUUCUUUUUGGCAUGUGAUGUUUGUUGUCGGAUACAUACGUUUGAAAUCUUCCUAAUUUAUUAUCGCCUGAAAGAAUUUUGUAAUACUCCAGUUAUAAGAUUUUUCAGCAUUAGUUCUAUUUCUUA